GUAGGCUAAUAGAUAUAAAAUUUAUUUACUAUAGUAUUGAUAGCUGCUAAGUAUUUUAGAUCAUCAACUGAUUCAUAAUCAUUUUACCGUAAAUUUGUAGCAUACGGGAUACUAAUCUCAAGCACAUAACCACGUGACCGCAUCCUGUAUAGGUAAUUUGGUAACGCGCGUUACACAAGACAGCAUGUCGGAGUUCUUUCUCAGAGAAAAGACUGGAAAACAGAAGCUUGAGAGAAAGAGUUCUAAAGGAAGAAAAACAACGAAACCUAAGACAUCACAGGGAAGGAAACAGCAGCAGAAGAAAAAAUCUUCUGUUUGGAACGAGGAGGUCUCUAGCGACUCAGAUAUUUCUCAAGGCCCUGGCCAUAGAGAAACUGAGAGGUCGCGUCUAACACGUAAGGAUGAAUCAGAUGAUGAAGAGACACCACAGAAUAAAAGACUUCGUUUGGCAAAGGAGUAUCUCGCUGAACUGCAGGCUAAAGAGAGAGAACAAGCCCAAGAUGACAUACCAGACCACGAUGUUGUUGCUCAUUAUUUAAGGGAAGAUGUGUUGAAGCAAGCUGGCAAGCUGCAGAAGAAAAUAGCAUCACAGUAUAGCAAGCCUGAUUCAUCUAGUGUUCGGCAAAUGAGAGGCCACCGACUUUCAAUUACAUGCAUGGUAAUAACUCCUGAUGACAAGUUUGUAUACACAGGAUCAAAGGACUGCUCUAUUAUAAAGUGGAGUCUUGACGCAUUCAGGAAGGAUACUGUAAUACCAAGAGCUCUACAAAGUGAAUCACAUGGCCAUGUUGAUCAUGUUCUCUGCCUUACUGUCAGUUCGGAUGGCAAGUUUUUGGCAAGUGGUGGGCGUGAUAAGAUUAUAAACAUUUGGAGUGUGGAAACUAAUAAUUGGUUGCACGUCUUUAAAGGCCACAGAGAUGCAGUAUCUGGGUUGGCAUUUCGAAGAUCGACUCAUCAGCUAUUCAGCUGCUCUCAUGAUCGUGCUGUGAAAAUAUGGAAUGUAGACGAAAUGGCAUAUGUUGAUACUUUGUUUGGUCACCAGGAUGCCAUAACUGGCAUUGACAGUUUAGUUCGAGAGAGGGCAGUCACAUCGGGUGGCAACGAUCGGACAGUGCGACUGUGGAAAAUUGUAGAAGAAUCACAAUUGGUAUUCCACGGUCACAGAUCCUCAAUAGAUUGUAUAAAGCAGAUCAAUGAGGAUCAUUUUAUUUCGGGGUCACAGGACGGGUCGCUCGCAUUAUGGAGCUUGUAUAAAAAGAAGCCAACUGCUUUGGUACCGGUUGCUCAUGGGGGAUCACACAUAUGGACCGACAAACGGGGGCACAAAAAGGAUAAAAUCGAUGAGAAUGGACAUAGCAGCAACGAUAACGCCAGUGAGAGGAUAUUUAGAGCAUUAGCUGGAGAAUCGGCUGCUACAGAUGACAGUGUAAUCGAAGAGAGAUCGCCUAACUGUGAUGACGGUCUCGAAGCAUGGAUCACAGCUGUAGCUUCAAUACCAAACAGCGACUUCGUUGCUUCGGGUUCAUCGGACGGUCAUGUGAAAUUUUGGGAGUGUGGAGAUGGGUGCAAGUCGUUAACGCUACAAUUCAGUUACCCUGUGAUUGGCUUUGUCAACGCUCUUGCUUUUGCCCAUUCGGGCAGCUUCGUGGCAGUAGGGGUCGGUCAAGAACAUCGGCUUGGUAGGUGGUGGACAUUGAAGGAAGCAAGAAACAGUUUAAUUGUUAUUCCCUUACAUAAAUCCAACUGAACUAUUUUCACGAAAAGCUGAUUGGUAGAUAUCGAAAACAAGUAACUACCACUACAUCUUUCAUAACGUUACUACUCCAGUUAAAUAAUUUGACACAAUAUAUUUACAAACGGUCA